UUGUAUUGUAAUGAAGUUUACUACAAGUGGUACUAAAAUUACUGGAAUUUGGUGUAUUAACAUUUCACCCCGGAUCCUUCUGACAGUAGACGAACACGGAUAGCAAAAAAAAAUUAUUUUUUCGCAAAAAAUAUUUCUUGCCACAAAGCGAGAAUAUGUUAUUUUCUAAAAUACCAAUACUAAUACGUUUACAAACUUCAUUACGGAAAUUUUCACAAAAAAUUAUUGAUUACAAUUAUACUGUUGAACAAUUUCCAAAAAUUUAUAUAAACAGCCCCUUUUCAAUAAAUAUACAACCAGUAGAUUGCCAUAAUAAUUUCAAUAAUAAUGAAUUAAAAAUUAAACUCAUAAAUAAUAGUAAUUCGAAUGCUUCGGUUAGUUGCCAUAUUUCAGACAAUCGAGUGACUAUUGUUGGAGAAAUUACAAAUGAUGAUGAUUUUCAAAAUUAUGAAGAAUUACAGUGCUUUAUUGAAGCGCCAAUUCAAUCAGAUAUAUUUGGAACAUUUCGGAAUAAUUCAUACUGUAAGUUAAAAAAUUUAUCUAACGAUAACAUUGAAAUAAAAAGUGAUAAUGGGAAAAUUAUUUUGGAUAAUAUUAAAAGUGGAAAUGUUAUUGUCGAAAGUGGCGGCGGUUCCAUAACUGGCAGUGGAUUAUUACAAGCUGAUAAUAUUAGAUUACAAACCGAGUGCACUGGGGAUAUUAAAAUCAAGAAAAUCAUAUCAAAUGCAUUAGAUAUUCGAUCAGAAGAUGGUGAAAUUCAUACUGAUUCAUGUUAUUCGAAAAAUUCCUUAAUUCAAACACAAGAUGGUAAAAUUGAAAUGAAUAACGUACAUGGAAAUUGUAAAAUAGUUGGAAAUGAUUUACUAGGAUUAUUUAUAUCUGGAUUCGAUGGUGCUUUAAAAACUGAAAUCAAGAGCAGUAACGAUACAAACAUUAAUAUAUCACAGAUAGUUGCUGAUUCAUAUGUUGAAAUUCAUCAAAGUAAUAAAAAACCAAUAAAAUUUUCUGUUUCAAAGCAUGUACAAGAAAAUUGUGAUUUAUACGUGAAAGCGAGUAAAUUAAAAAAUAAUUUAGAAGAUAUACAAUUAUGCUCGAAUGAACAUAAUAUUUCUGUAUUUAAAACAAAUAUUCGACAACAGAACAAGCAUCAACUGAUUGUUACAUGUCCGAAUGCUGAAGUUCAUCUAACAGAAUUAUCGUGGGCCGAACAAUUCUUUAAAAAUAAAAAUUAUAUAGAAUAA